CUGACUGCUGUGCCAUGGAGUCCAGAGAUCCGCUGGCUGUUCGUGAACAGCGGGCUCGCUGAUCCGGGCUGUUCUUCCUCUGUUUCUCCGCCGGCCUGGUCUAAAAUGUUAUCCUCUACCUGGAAUUUUAUCAAACGUCAUAAGAGGAAGUUUAUUUUCGCCGGAGCUUUCGCUGGAGGUGUGUACCUGCUGGGUAAAUAUGCUCAGAGGAAGCUGCAGGAGAUGCAGGAGCGGGAGGCGGCCGAGUACAUCGCCCAGGCCCGGCGCCAGUUCCACUUCGAGAGUAACCAGAGGACAUGCAACAUGACCGUGUUGUCGAUGCUCCCAACUCUACGAGAGGCAAUCAUACACCACCUGAACUCAGAGAGCCUCACAGCACUGCUGAAGUCCAAGCCAGCCAAUAAGGUGGAGAUUUGGGAGGACCUUAAGAUUAUCAGUUUCACCCGAAGCACUGUGGCUGUAUAUAGUACAUGCAUGCUGGUGGUGCUGCUUCGUGUUCAGCUCAACAUAAUUGGCGGUUACUUGUACCUGGACAACUCAGUGACUAAAAAUGGAACUUUACCAUUGGCUCCUCCAGAAGUACAGCAGCAGUAUCUGUCGAGCAUACAGCACCUUCUAGGAGAUGGGCUGAUUGAACUGAUAACUGUUGUAAAGAAAGCUGUACAGGAGGUUUUAGGACCGGUCUCAUUGAAGCAGACUCUGUCCUUGCAAGAGUUGGAGCAGCAUGUGACUCAAAUCAGACAGCUGGUGGAGGACGGCAGCGGCUCCUCGAGACACAAAGCUCUCUCCUGGUACAUGAUGCCGGAUGAGGAGAAUACACUGGCUGAUCAGGCAUCUGGUCUUACAGAGAAUGACAUCACAACAAUAAAGCUUCUAAAUGAAACUAGGGACAUGCUUGACAGUCCUGAUUUCAGUACUGUACUCAACACCUGCCUGAGCAGAGGCUUUAGCCGUUUCCUUGACAAUAUGGCAGAGUUCUUCAGACCCCCUGCAGGAGACUCCACCCUCUGCAGCACACCUGAUAGUCUUUCACAUGUAAGUCUACCACUUGCAAAAAUAAUUCCUGUUGCUAAUGGGCAGAUUCAUUCAAUAUGCAGUGAAGUACCUACUCACUUUGUUCAGGAUCUGUUGAUGAUAGACCAAGUGAAAGAGUUCGCAGCCAACGUUUAUGAAACCUUCAGCAGCCCCCAUGAGCUACAAAAGUAAACACUAGGACAGAGUGUAACCUGGGCAUGUGCUGGGGAUCAAUUCCCAAGGACUACACAAAGAGCUGAACAGCAGAACAUUCCUUUCUUCAUACAUCCUACGCAGAGAAACUCAGGGACAUGUGCAUGGUUGAAUGUUCUCUCAUGAACUGCAGACAAUUGUCUGAUAAGGAUUUAAAAUGGGCCGAACUUGUGGAAACUGAAGCUGAAACUUUGUAUUAAUCACUGUUUCUUUAUAAUUGUUAGAGAAUGACCUGUUAUGACCAUGUGAUCCCCGUCCAAUUAGUGAGGAUCAAGAAUGAAUCCAAUAUUUGUCCUAACCCUUCUAAGCGAGCAUUCAGUACACUUUGAAGGACUUUUACCUGAGCUUCAUCUGCCUCGUCUGUACCAUACAGUUGAUUGUCAUUGAAGAGUGUUUUAUUUCUGCACAGAGAAAUGUAUUUUAAUAGAAGGGCAGGUGCUUCAGCUUCAUAUUGCAGGACUCAUAGAAAGGUGUUUAGAGUCAAAGGGAUUUCUGUUGUUCAUUUGAUAUUUGGAGGGAAGUCACAGUUCAUAGUAAUUAAUGGUAAUCAGUGCUUUGAAAGUCUAGUUAUUGAAAUAAUUGAAGACGGUUUAACUUGGAAUAGGAAACUAAAAUGUUGAAACAGAAUUCUGAAUGUCUGGAUGAAGAAACUGUAGUUUAUAACAGUGAAAUCUUGACUCAAUUUGUUUAGUUUUAUUUAAUGCUUUUCUGGCAGAGCUAGAGGAUGAACAUGGUGCACUGCAAAAAGAAACUACCAGCAUGUGCAUUAGUAACAGGCUAACCUUGUUUUUCUUUGUUUUUUUUUUAUUGUGAAUGAAGCACAGCUGAUUCUACUGAGUCAAUAUGUACUUGGCUUGUAAGCAGCUUUAAACAAAACUGCAAACCUGACAUUGUCACAUCAGUUGUAAUAAAUAUGUAAACAGUA